AGAGAGCUCGUAGCAAAAUUGCCACACCCUGAGUUGACACAAGCGCCACUGGCUGUCAUAUGGGAGAUAACGAGGGCUGCUCUUCACUGCAAAGUUUCGCUGGAGCAGUUCGACCUAUUGUAUGAGCCAAAUGAUAGCUGGCACGACCAGACCAACUUGAGAGAAAUCGUAUCAAGGCACCCGUUGUUUCAUGGCAAAAGCUUGCCCCCUGCCAGCGAUUCUGCGGCGUGGAGGACAGCAAUGACGGACUUUCAAACCAAGGUCAAGACGGCCACGCUUACAGCCGAGUUAGUCUACAACCAGGACGGCGGGCCAUUGUACAGUCUUCGACUACAACCAUUGAGGCUUGAGCUGGGCCAUCGGCUGGCCCGUCGAUUUGGUGCUGAUCGCUUUCUGGAAAUUCUUAUUCCAUCGCCAUCGUCAUCAUCAGAUGAGGACCCCAAGGUGCUGAAAGAGGCCAAGAGCCUUGAAAAGAUUGUAGAAUGGCUGACAAAGUCACGGCAUUACUUUCUCGGGCGGUCCUGGAAGCCGUUCUACGUGCGUGGUGUGAAGGGCAAGAAGAUUCCGGCCACAACCCGUAGCACACCGCAGGACAGGGUCUACCUCUUUGCUUGCGACGGCAACAACUUCCGCAGCCCCUCUAUAGCUGAUGGGAUCCCGCCGCUGGAAGAAGCGCUAGAGAUCAAGAGGCGCACCAAGAUGAAGCUCAGCGGCCUGCUGAAAUGGGCUGUCGCCAUUGAUAAGGAGCGCAAUUCUCAGCAGCCCAUCGCCAAGCUCUUCUCCCGCUUAGCAUUGAGCCUCAGCCGCACUUGGCCCACCGUUGUUCUUGAAAAAGAGCAGAUUCUCGUUCGGCGCAAGGACCUUGAACGUGAAAAGGUGAUGAAUGACGGAAUUGGUCGUAUAUCACCAAGCCUGGCCAAGAAAGUUGCCGACGCGCUCGGGUUGUCCGACUGUCCGAGCUGCUUUCAAGGUCGACUGGGAAGCGCAAAGGGCAUGUGGUUGAUUGAUGUGGAUAGUGACGAUGAGCGGGACUGGGUUGAGAUAUACCCAUCACAGACAAAGUGGGAAUGCGACUUUGACGACCCUCAUCACCGAACACUCGAGAUACGAAAUUGGCCAUCAGAGUUGAAGUCGGCCUCUCUGAACCAGCAGUUUAUACCUAUACUAGAAGCACAGUCUCCGGAGCCCGACGGCAUGCGCCGCGUGAUGGCCGAGCAUCUGGAGAGAGCGCUGCACGCCGACCUCGGUGAGCAAGUAGCCGCCAUGAAGGAGCCUAUGAGUCUCCGGUUAUGGAUUCAUCAAUCUGGCCCCUCAAAGAAUGACCGUUUGCUGGAUGGUUCGACAAAGUUCCUGGCUGGUCUUCCUGACAGUAAUGCGGACAAGGUCGCGUUCCUCCUUGAUUCAGGAUUUGAUCAGAAGAAGAUGAAAUACCUACAGGACAUUGUUUGGGACAUGUGCAAGAGGAAGGCCGAUGUUCUCAAGACCAAGAUGAACAUUACCGUACCGUGUUCGGCCUAUAUCUACAUGGCUGCAGACUUCACGUCGACCCUCGAAGAAGACGAGGUGCACCUUUCAUUUUCCACCAAAUUUCAAGCCGAUGGCUUUUCCGAUACGCUGCUGGAGGGAAUGGAUAUCUUGGUGGCAAGAGUUCCAGCCCAUCUACCCAGUGACAUUCAAAGGGUGAAAGUGGUGUCGCGGCCUGAGCUGCGAAAGCUCAAAGACGUCAUCAUCUUCUCUACCAAAGGCGGAGUUCCCCUUGCCCAUAAGCUAUCCGGUGGCGAUUACGACGGUGACAUGGCCUGGGUGUGCUGGGAUCAAAACAUUGUCAAGAAUUUCAGCAACGCUUCCGAGCUUAAGAAGCCAGACUUGAUCAAGAGCGGAUAUAUACGCAAGAUGGACACGAAAUUCAAAAGUAUCUUGGACGAGGUCGAAAGCAACAACUACUACAAGUAUAAGAGUAACACAUCUGAGCAUCUGGAGGAUGCCUGCGCCGACUUUAUAGCCCAGGCAUUCCUGUUCAAUCUGCAGCCCGCAUUUCUUGGUCGAUGUACAAACUACAAGGUGAAGCUGUGUUACGCACAUAACUCGGUUCACGAUCGGGCCGCUAUACACUUGAGCCAGCUGCUUGGCUAUCUGGUCGACCAGAGCAAGCAGGGUUAUGUGUUUACACAGGACGACUGGCAUCGUUUCCGCACAGUGCACUUGGGAAUGAAAAAGACCCUCUUGAACGAGCCAGAGUAUGCAAAAGAGAAGGGAACGCGGCUACCUGAUAAGGGAGGCCGGCUGCAUGUGCUCGAUUACUUGCGCUUCGACGUCGCCGAAAAAGUCAUUGACGCCGUCUUGACCAGCUUCCACGAAUCCAUCCACGGGAAAGACUCGGAGGUGCAAACCUAUGAUUCGGAGCUCACGAAGCUCACCAACCUCUACGACGAGCAGGCCACCACUUCUUCCAGCUGCAGACAGCUCUUGACCCAUCUGCGGAGCAGCAUCGCUGCGCUCUCGGACGAGUGGCGUGUGAGCAUGCGCGACGGGAUUGAAAACUCAAAGUUUGCCAACAAGGCCGAGGCUGUCUACCAAAAAUGGCUGGACAUACAACCGCCGCCCGAGCUGCUGAUGAGCGGCGAGUUUCCCGCGCUAGUCCAUGACGCAAACAAGGCUUCGGCGUUGAGUAACUGGCAGCUGCUGAAAGCUUCGACCACUUUCAAGAAGUAUCACCACAGCGCGCCCAAGUUUGUCUGGAACAUGGCCGGAAAGCAGCUUGCCUACAUCAAGGCGAUGGCGCGAAACGACGCUGGCGAGACGUCAAAGGUGCUUGUGAUUCCCGAGAUGUGGGGGGUCCUGCGGCCGGACAAGAAGCUCAUCACCUCGCUGGCGAUACAGAGGGAGGCUGCGCGGGAUUCGGAGAGUGCACUGGCUUUGGAGGAGGUGUUUGAGUUUGACGAUAAUGGCACUGUUAUUGACGAUGCUUGA